UGCACCUUUCGGGGUUUCGCUUUUCUCGGUUGCAAAGUAGCUAAGUUCUGGUAGAGAUUUUUUCCAAAACUUACUCACCUGAAAACAGAAAAACUUUUUUUGGUGAGGGUGAGGUGGGGUAAAGACAUCAAUGUUCAGUCAGCUUUUCUCUACAUUUGGGACAUUGUGUAUGUACGUUUUUUACAGUAUUUUAUAGUUUCCAAAGGAUUUCCUCAUCGUCUAAUUAAACACUCGCCACGACCGUGACAUAUUGGUAGAAGUUAAUUUGACCCGGUUUUUUCCUUACAAAAAUUAUCUUCAGAGAGGGUGUGGACUGAAAAACAACAACAACAACAACAACCCACAGCCUAGAAGUAGGGAAUUACCUUUUAUUCAGCGCACUGGCUGAGGAGUUAAGCUGUGGAGAUGGCCUCUCAGAUUAUCUGCGAAUGACGGUUCUGAAGAGAUAGAUGAUCAAGGCAAGGAAAUGGAAGAGGACCCAGGUGCCACAUGGAGACUUCAUCUCAAGAACAAUGAGGCUUCCUUUGUCUUAAAAAGACUUGAUAAAAUGUCUUUCUUCUCGUCAUGGAUCAAAGCUAUUUUAAUCAUUGGCUUGGCAUUUCCUCUUUAUUGUGAAACUUCUUUUGCAUCUCCAAGAAAAACGCGUGACAUGCGUGACGCUCCAGUGUGUGGUAUAUAUGUUGGUCAAUUACAUUUUUGUACCAGAGAAAUGGAUCCAAUCUGUGCAACAAAUGGCAAAACAUACUCCAAUAAAUGCGUUUUCUGCAGUGAAAAAAUAGAAAAGGGAAAAUUUGAUUUUAGUCAUUGGGGUCGUUGCUGACUCUGCCUCAGCCACGCAAUCCUAUGGCUUUUAUUGCAAUCCUAUUUUGCUAUGGAUUCUACAACCAAUUAGUCUUCUAAAACAGGGCUUUAAAUUCCUAGAUGACCAAACUAAGCCUUCAGUAGUACACAAGACAAGAAUGUAGAUUGUUGGAGAAUUUUUCCAACUCUAAGAACCCACCAAUGAAAAAGAUUCCUUUUUUUCUUUCUUCAUUUAAACAUUGACAAUUGAAAACC